AAUUCUAUUGCCCAUGACCGCCUAAUCAAUCAGCCAAUGACUAUCAGUAUACUAUCGAUUCCACUUCAUCCCGGAACCACAUGGUGGUGCAAGUGACUUGCCACAAAUUGUUAACGAUUUGUUUUCCGACCGAUGGCGUCGGUGUUUCAGGUGAGCUUCUUUGUUUUGUUAGUUUGAUGGUUACUAGGUUUUUAGAUACAUAGACUUGGACAACAUCGUUGAUGUUUGAUAACUUUUAGCUUGUGUUUGUGUUUUUGCUAAGAAAUUAUAGUAGAAAUGGCUACACAGAAAUUGUUGCAGACAUUCAAGAAAACACCCAUUACUGCAAGCCCCACUUCAUUAUCUAAUUCAGAAAUGGCACAAAAGAUUGCUAAAACCCUAAUCAAAGCUGGCCUAAAACCCUUCGAAACAACCAACUCAUCUUUGCUUUCCAACCUAGAUUCUCACAUAACCAACCUUGUUUUCUCCAACCCAAAUGUCCCACUUCAUUCUUGCUUGAAUUUCUUCAACUUUUUGCGAAAAAAUCAAUCCUUUGUUUCUCAUAAACCUGAUCUUCAAUCCCAUCUAAGCGUUGUUUUUAGAUUGUUCAAGGCUAGAAGGUUUGCAGAAAUGAAAAGAGUUUUGACUUAUGUUGCUAUGGAUAGUAAUCUUAGAUGCCCGGUUGCAAAUCUUGUUUCUUUGGUUGAAGAGAGUGGAUUUAAUAAUGAACCCAACUUUGUGGAGAAGUUGUGUGAUAUGCUGUUUAGGGUUUAUGCCGAUUGUAAUUUGUUUGAAGAGGGUUUUCGGGUUUUUGAUUAUAUGGUGAGCUAUGAGUUAAAGAUUGAUGAUAGGUCUUGUAUUGUGUUUUUGCUUGCAUUGAAGAGGUGUGAUAAAAUGGAGGCUUGUUUGGGUCUUUUUAAAAGAAUGGUUGAGUUUAAUGUGGAGGUUACAGUUUAUUCUCUGACGAUUGUGAUUGAUGGGUUGUGUAAGAGACGAAGGGUUAAAAGGGCUAUCGAUUUGAUGAUUGAAAUGGCUAGCAAAGGGAUUAAACCGAAUGUUGUUACAUAUAACACACUUAUAAAUGCAUAUAUUAAGAGAACGGAUUUUGAUGGUGUUAAUGAGAUGUUGAGAUUGAUGGAAGUGGAUAAAGUUGCAUUUAAUGCGGCUACAUAUACUCUUUUGAUUGACUGGCAUGGUAGUUCUGGUAAGAUCGACGAAGUUGAGAGGAUGUUUGAAGAAAUGUGUGAGAAAGGGAUUAAAGCAGAUAUUCAUGUUUAUACUGUAGUCAUUAAUUGGAACUGUAAAAUCGGAAAUACAAAAAGGGCAUUUGCCUUGUUUGAUGAGUUGACUGAGAAAGGCCUUGUUGCCAAUGUUCACACAUAUGGAGCAUUGAUUGAUGGUGUUUGCAAGGCUGGUGAAAUGGAGGCAGCUGAGAUAUUGGUGAAUGAGAUGCAAACCCGAGGGCUUGAUGUCAAUCAACUGAUAUAUAAUACGCUUAUAGAUGGUUAUUGCAAAAGGGGGUUGAUAGAUGAAGCUUUAAAGGUGCAAGUCAUAAUGGAGAAGAAAGGAUUUGAGAAUGAUAUCUAUACUCUUAACAGUAUUGCUGAUGGGUUACGUAAAUUGAACCAGCCUGAAGAAGCAAAGAGGUGGUUACUUACAAUGAUUGAAAAGGGCGUGGUUCCUAAUGUUGUCAGCUAUACCACUUUAAUUGACAUAUAUUGCAAGGAAGGGAAUUUUGUGGAAGCAAAGAAACUGUUUCAAGAAAUGAAGAAAGCGGGGGGAGAGCCUAAUGCUGUUACAUACAAUGUUCUAAUUGAUGGGCACAGCAAGAAAGGUAGGAUGAAGGAAGCUUAUGAGCUAAGAGAUGAAAUGAGAGCAAAAGGGAUAUUCCCAGACAUAUAUACUUACACGUCACUUUUGCAUGGAGAAUGCAUUUUUGGGAAGCUGGAUGAUGCAGUGGAACUCUUCAAUGAAGUGCGCCAAAAGGGCUUACCUCUCAAUGUAGUCACUUAUACAGCAAUAAUUUCAGGCUUGUCCAAGGAAGGAAGAUCUGAAGAAGCAUUUAAGUUGUAUGAUGAGAUGACAGAGGCAGGUCUUACACCUGAUGAUAGAGUCUAUACUUCACUUGUCAGCAGCCUUCACAAAGCAUAGUUUAUCUUUCACAAUUUUUUUUGUGAAGCAUGAUAUGUUCUUGAAGGAAGAGACCCAGAAAUUCUAUGAAGUUGUCUUGGGAUUUGUGCUCAACUGCCCAUCAAAAGGCCAUUGUCCAAUGUUUUGAAGGAGAUUGGCUGUUCAACUAUGGUAUCAGUAUUUGGCUUCCAUUUACUUGAAUCAGACCGGCUAAUUGUAAUGAAUCUUUCAGACAUGUACAUUUCCUAGGAACUUAGAGGAGAGGACAAGAUGAAGCAUGUGACAGCAAUUAUGGGAAGGUGGCUUGACAAACUCGCAGUUGAUCAGCUCAUCUUUCAUGUUGCAAUGUUCAAUUUCCAAAUUCUCCUACUUCUUUCACCCGCACUCUUCAUGCCUUCUCAAGCUACCCAAAGCCUAUAGGUAAGAUGCAUUAUCACCAUCAUCAUAUGGUUUGGAUAUUUCAUACUAGAUGUUUGGCUCAAGAUCAUACACUGAAUUCAUUGUUCUAUUAAAAAUAUUUGGUCUCAUUUUUCUUACACGGAAUCUUUACCCCCCUGUUGCGUGUUGCUUUGUCCAAUAGCCCUCUGUGACGUAAAAAAUGAAGAGGAAUGGAAACUACCUGUCUUUUUCUGUAAUGAUGAUGUCUACCAAGUCUGACUCUUAAGUCUUACUCAUACUGUAAAAACAGGGGGGGUAAAGCUGGGAGGUGCUUGCUUGCUUUGCCUUGCGAAACCAAGUUCAGGGCGGUGAUCCACUUAAGUUCUGGUGAAGUAGUUUGCAAAUUGAUUUGCAUUCCAUGCGAUGAGAGGACGAAAGUUAUGUAACAUGGGAAAAAAGAGUAGGGUCUACCUUGUUCUUGGCUCUGAGGAGUUCCCAAAUUCUAUUAAAACAUUGCUCCUUAAAUAUCCUACCGGUCGACUAUAGAUGUGUAAAUGUUUCUCUCAAUUGCAUUGUGAAGGGAGAUCGAAGACUGAUUUUCUGACGCUGUGCGGGCACAAGAUGGAAAAGGAAGAGAACUACUCAGGCAUUUUUUUUUUUCCUUUCAUGUGAGACAUAUACAUUGUGACUUCUGAGUCUCAGACAGACCAUGUCAACUAGAUGUGCUUAGUGACAAACACUAGACUAAACCUGUAAGCCAUUUUUCAGGAGUCUAGUAGUUGAGUCUUUUGACAGCAGAAUUGGCCAUCAGAUGGCUUCAGGCUUCAGGUAAUACCAAUCAUGUUUAUCACC